UCUAUUCAGCACAACGUCCAAGAAACGCUCAAGAAAACUGGAAAACGAAUGACCUAUAAAAGAGAUUUGAGAGACAGCCUCGCACUCGUGGGGACGAUCGGUAGUAGGCUCUAUUCAGCACAACGUCCAAGAAACGCUCAAGAAAACUGGAAAACGAAUGACCUAUAAAAGAGAUUUGAGAGACAGCCUCACUCCAUGCUUUCGUACCAGUUUCUCGCAUUUUACCGAGAAAAUCUCACGUCAUUUCCAAGAAAAAGCCCUACCACCGUAUCGUUUCCAACCUGUAAGAGAUGUUUCCUCAUCAACCGCGGCCCUGUGCCCGUCAGGAGAAACCCUAACUCUAAACCAAAACCCUCGCGUUGGUUCCGGCCAUCAACGCAAUGACCGGCCGCAGGGGAUUCGUGGGGCCCGAGCUCACCGAGGCGCUCUAUGCGGAGAAAAAGAUAGCUACCAUUCAUAAUGUUUUUGCUGUCAUAAGGGGAUCUGAAGAGCCUGAUCGCUAUGUCCUGCUUGGCAACCACAGAGAUGCAUGGACAUAUGGAGCUGUUGACCCCAAUAGUGGAACUGCAGUGCUACUUGACAUUGCUCGUAGAUAUGCUCUUAUGAUGCGUCAGGGGUGGCAACCUCGGAGGACAAUUGUUCUAUGCAGUUGGGAUGCAGAAGAGUUUGGGAUGGUAGCUAAUAUUUCAUCUUUGUUGGUCAUUAAUAUAAAAUGGACCAGGUUUGGAUUUUUUCAAAUGGGAUCUACUGAGUGGGUCGAACAAAACCUUUUGAAUCUGGGUUCUAAAGUUGUAGCAUACCUUAAUGUAGACUGUGCAGUUCAAGGACCAGGCUUCUUUGCUGGUGCAACGCCUCAGCUAGAUAAUCUUCUCAUUGAGGUUGCAAAGAAGGUCCAGGAUCCUGACUCAGAGAGCAUGACCAUAUAUGAUAACUGGAUGAUUACAAAUAAAGUCAUCAAUAUUCAGAGGCUAAGUGGAGUGGAUUCUGAUUUUUCUCCACUUUUGCAACAUGCAGGGGUUCCUUCUGUUGAUUUAUACUAUGGAAGAGAUUUUCCAGUCUAUCACACUGCUUUUGACUCCUAUAACUGGAUGACAAACCAUGGGGAUCCAUUGUUUCAACGUCACGUGGCUGUAGCUGGAGUUUGGGGACUUCUAGCUCUUCACCUGGCUGAUGAUCCUAUUUUACCUUUCAACUAUGUCUUACACAGAACAAUUAUGGGUAGGCAUCUGUUAUCUUUCAUUUAUCAUUGCUUAUUUUCUCAGUCAUUAAACUAGAUUUUUUGAAUUGAGAUUUUAUACUCUGGUAACUGCAACUUAACCAGGUGAAGUGACCUUAUUUUCAAAAAUUUUGAUCUAGCCUUAUAUCUAAAUAGGGAAGUUUUGAUCUUUUGAAAUGGUAUUCCUUUAGGAACUGCUACUCACUGUCCUUUUGUCUGCGACCUUGGGUGUAAUCAUUCGAUUUGCCAGAGUUAGUCACUUCAUUUUGUGAGAAAGCCCCUGCUCUACCUGCACAAAAAUGAAAAAUAAAGGACAAAAAGGGAGGGUGGAAGAAAGAACUUGAGUACAUCUGUUUUACACAGCAUUAUUUCUUUUUUUCUUUUUUUCUUAGGGAUGCAAAAGGAUGUUACCAUGUUUUAGAAAUUGAAAAUUUCAAAUAGACCAGAAAUAAUUGAUUGUUCAUUUUAUUUUAUUUUUUUCCUUUAUGCAUAGUUAAUUUGAUUUCAUGUGUUACUGCUUGCAAGAAGUUAUUAUUCAUUACAAUUAAACACCGGGGCUACUUUUGGUUUAGUAUAAGUUUCCUUGGUUGGUCCCUGGAUAUUUUC